AAACUGAGGAGGGAACAAAGAAAUCAGAGUCUAUUUAAAGAGAAGUGGCCCCCGAUCCUGCAGCCGUGUGACUCCCGGCACUGCGCACCGCACUCAGCUGCGCCAAAACCAACCUGCCUGUGCACCACCACGGCUCCCGACGGCGGCGAGGAUGCGGACUUCUCUGGUCGUGUGCUGCUGCGUCUUCGCUCUGCAAUGCUUCCCGGGCACGCUUUGUCUUCCAGUGCGGGGAUCCAGCAGGUACAAGGUGACAGCGGUCUCUGAAAAGUUUCCCGACCUGAAGAAGAGAGGAAAGGUUCCUCACACUCAGGACUUAGUGAAGGAGACAAGCUCGCUGAACAACUCAUCUAACACCUGGAACCGACCUCGCUGCGGCGUACCGGACUACCCCGCCCAGAAGCAGGUGCACUAUCGAGGGCGCCACCGCCAGAGACGCUUCGUCCUGUCCGGAGGACGCCUGGACAAGACGGACCUCACCUACAGGAUCGUCCGGUUUCCGUGGCAGAUGAGUGAAGAAAAGGUGCGACGUGUUUUUCGGGAGGCGCUGAAAAUCUGGAGUGACGUCACGCCGCUCACCUUCACGGAGAUCCACAGCGGGAAGGCCGACAUCCGCAUCGACUUCACAAGGUACUGGCACGGAGACAACCUUCCCUUCGACGGCACGGGUGGGAUUCUCGCUCAUGCCUUCUUCCCCAAAACACACCGACAGGGCGACGUUCACUUCGACUACGAUGAGUCGUGGACCCUUGGAAACCACAUGGGCACAGACCUUCUCCAGGUUGCUGCCCAUGAGUUCGGGCACGUCCUGGGCCUGCAGCACUCCCGCGAGCCGGGAGCCAUCAUGUCUGCAUACUACUCCUUCUCCUAUCCGCUGAGGCUGAGCGAGGAUGACAAGCGAGGCAUCCAGUUCCUGUACGGAUCCCAUUCACAAGUCCUGCCCACGCCGCCGCCACCCCCGCCUCCACCUCCGUCCAACCCAGAGACCAACGAGAUCAUCCCUGCUUCCCAGCCCGACGCCUGCCGCACGGACUUUGAUGCUGUGUCUAUGAUCCGAGGGGAGCUGUUCUUCUUUAAGUCGGGCUACGUUUGGCGGAUCAGGGACGGGCAUCUGGAGAAUGGCUACCCAGCGCUGGCGUCCCGUCACUGGAGGGGGAUUCCUGACAACAUUGACGCCGCCUUUGAAGACAAGUCGGGGAACAUUUGGUUCUUUCGAGGUGAGAAAUACUGGGUGUUCGAUGCCGAGAUGCAGAUCCGAGGGCCGGAGUCCAUCAGGAGUUUGGGUCUGUCUGUGUCUGGGAUCCAGGCGGCGCUGCGCUGGGGCCACGACUCCAACUACAACACAUACUUCUUCAAGUCAGGCAGCUACUGGAGGUUUAGCCCCCGCGAGAACCGGGUGGAGUCUGUCUACCCACGCAGCAUGCAGGACUGGAGCGGCAUCCCCGACAACGUGGACGCCGCCUUCAGGGACAUCUACGGCUACGCUCACUUUAUCCGAGGACGACAGUACUGGAAGUUUGAUCCUGUGGGCAUGAACUCUUUGGAGGGAUACCCUCGCUACAUCGGCAUGGAUUUUUUUGGCUGUAGAAACGUGUGAGUCUUUAACUGAGAAGAAUCAGAUUUACAGUUUUUUCUUUUUUUUUUUGACAAUGAAGAGGAGCUUUUGGAAUAAAGGCAUUUGUAUUUUCAGUCUACGGAUUGAAGGGGAUCCAAAGAUCAUCUCCUUUAAAUCUAUUUAUGCUUUACUCCAUUUAUUGAUACCCAUCAACUACACCUUCUUCUCAGGAAAACCAAGUUAUGUUUCCUCAGACUUGGCACCUCCUGUGCAGCUACGCUCAUAUUUAUUUUGCACAUUUUGUCACUAGAAGACUGAGAUCUGGGCCCUGUAUUAUCGAACUGCACCGUUCUCACCUCCUUUCUUUGAGAUGUUUGACUGAUUUUGGUUCACAGACAGAGCCGGUACAGACCGGCUGUCUUACUCCCUGCAGUGUUUCCAUUUCAGCUGGUUUUUUUUUACUGAUCCUCAGGUGUUUGAAGAGUGGCAUCAAAACUUAAAGCUGCAGCAGGUAGAUCUGUACACGAGCUGCUGUAAAUGGCUGUGAGCCUCAGCGUUUAGAUAUAAACAUCUUCAGCUGCACUGCUGUGUGGAUUUAGCAGGAAUUGCGCGUUGAGAUGAACUGUUGCACCAGUUCUCCUGUCGGGUGUUUUCAGGUGCCAUUAAACCCCUGCAGAGGAGGAGGGAACAGUGGAAAACCAUGUGGACAAUGUGAAGUCAUUUACGGCCUUUCUGUUUGUUUGAAGCAUCAGUGUGAGGAAGGUUACGGUCUCCUCAUCGCUCCACUCAGAUCUGAUGUUUUCAGUGUUUCAGUGACGAGUCACAUGCUUCAGCUUUUGCAGAAUUAUUUUUUCCAACUUUUUGACUUUCUUUUGGAAAAGCACUAAACUGUCUGCAAACAGUCAUGUCAGUGCUGACAUUUGAGAGAAGAGAGAAUCCCUAAAGCGUUCAGUUGUGUGAUUGAGAUGUGUGAUUGAGGCAGAAGACAUGUUGGACCUUUCACGUUAAAUCUUUCCUCACGUUGUUGUUAGAUCUUAUGUUACCUGCUUUUCUUCCCAACUAAACAAAAGAAUUUCUGCAUUUUGGAGCCUUGAAGAAAUUCAGUGUUCAUGUGGGAGGAAAAAUGCGAUAACAUCACUGCAUGCCAAGUUUUGAUGUCACUCCUCUAACAUGAUGAUGUGAAGCUCUUUGGUAGUCAUUGCUCAGCGGGCUGUAGGCCUCUGCUUUAGGAAAAGCUGCAGGGCGCCAUCUAGAGGGCAGCACUGUCACCCUGCAGGAGGAGUGUGAUAUUCCCCUCAGACGACGUCCUCAUGUCUUUACUUACCUGUAACACGGUGCUCUGUUCGGGCUGGUCAGUGUGACACGUUCAGGGACAGCGGCUGCUGCGAGGAUCAGCUGUUCUCAACCUGCCGAAGUUAAAGAAACAGACAUUAACUCUGACCGCGUUUGUGUUUUCAGGCCAUUCAGCUACAUUUCAGAUUUCAUUUAAACUGUAAAAUCCAUAAAACUGAUAUAAAUUUGUGUUGAGGAAUAUUUUUUCCUCUUAUUCAUCACAACCCUUCGAAUUUAUCUGGUGAACUGUUUAGUAAAGUAGUUAAAACCAGCUCCACCCUGAGCAGCUACAGCAGUAAAAUGCUACGAACACACUGAUGCAUCAGUAUUAACAAUUCAACACUUUAACACCGGCGACAUUUUACUGCAGGACAAGUACUUUUACUUGAACUUUAUAGGAUUUUGAAUUCAGGGUAUUUUUACAUUUCUGUAUUGAUCAUUUUACUCUAGUAAAGGAUCUGAGUACUUCCUCCAGUACUGCUGGAUAGUGAAAGGUUCUCACGGACCUCAAGGGUUCACAUUAUGGACUGUUUGUGGGCCGGGACACCCAGGUUGAGAACUGCUGUUCCUGCUGAUCUGACACUUGCUCUGCUGUGUCCCUGGCUGCAGCACUUGAAAUGUGAAGGCUCAGUUCAUCACGUUAUUUUUCAGUGCAGGACACUGACGGGUCAUUACGGUUUUCAUCAUUCAGACUUUGUUGUUUCUUUACAGUUUGUUGUUUUUUUGUUGUUUGAAUCGUUUCUUCCGCUCAUUUCAAGUGUUAAUCAGUGAACUGACUGCUUCCAAAAAAUAUUUAUACACAGUAGACUUAGCACAGCUUUCUUGUACAUACAUGUCUUUGAUUAUUAUUUUUUACUCAUGUGUAGCCUAAACCUUGUACUGUAUGAACUGCAUAUUGUUUCUUUAAUAAAACCAUAAUCUUUUUACCGAACUUUGUCAAACUGCCUUUGGAGGAAGAUUAAAGCUGAUUCACAGCUUCACUGAAACUAAAGCAAGGAAAGUUUCAAAUGUAUUUAUACUCCAUUAAUAUUUUCUUUUAUCAAAAAAGUAAGUUUUUAAAUGAUUUUCCAUCUGUUGUGCACAGUGAAAUAAAUUUCCUUUAUCUAAAUGUCA